AUGAGGCUUUUCAGGUAUGACCUCCCUUAUCCCAGUGAAUUCUAUGGACCUACCGGCCCAGAGGCCUCUCAAGCACAAGCAUUUACUUUUCUAGUUACAGACCAACGUCUUGGAGCUAGUGUGAGGUCUGCCCAAGGGCCUACUGGUUUAGCUUAUCCUAGUGAAUUCUAUGGACCUACCGGCCCAGAGGCCUCUCAAGCACAAGCAUUUACUUUUCUAGUUACAGACCAACUUCUUGGAGCUAGUGUGAGGUCUGCCCAAGGGCCUACUGGUUUAGUUUUCAUUGCUUGUUGUUUUGUUUGGUUUAACAAUACAGCUUAUCCCAAUGAAUUCUAUGGACCUACCGGCCUAGAGGCCUCUCAAGCACAAGCAUUUACUUUUCUAGUUACAGACCAACGUCUUGGAGCUAGUGUGAGGUCUACCCAAGGGCCUACUGGUUUAGGUAAAUAUCUUAUGCGUUCUCCUACUGGAGAAAUUAUUUCUGGAGGGGAAACAAUGCAUUUUUCGGAUCUUCGUGCUACCUGGUUGGAACCUCUAAGAGGUCCUAAUGGUUUGGACCUGAGUAAGCUAAAAAAAGAAAUACAACCUUGACAAGAAUGACGUUCAGCAGAAUAUAUGACUCAUGCUCCUUUAGGUUCUUUAAAUUCUAUGGGUGGUGUAGCUACCGAGAUUAAUGCGGUCAAUUAUGUCUCACCUCGAAGUUGGUUAGCCACCUCUCAUUUUGUUCUAGGAUUUUUCUUUUUCGUAGGUCAUUUGUGGCAUGCAGGAAGAGCUCGUGCAGCUGCAGCAGGAUUUGAAAAAGGAAUUGAUCAUGAUUUUGAACCUGUUCUUUCCAUGACCCCUCUUAAUUAA